AUGGAAGAUCAGGUCCUUACCAAUGGUUAUCAAAAUGUGAACACCACUAUGUAUGUGGUUCUAGACUCUGAGGAAGACAAAGAGAAUCAUCUUCAUGAUCAUGUCCAUGAAGAUCCAGCCUCUCUUUCUUUCAUCACUGCCCCAGAGACAAAGGAUAAUUGUCAAGAGAGCUCAGAAGACAGCUGUGGUAUUUCUGUGACCUCUCAUCAUGGGGCUAAUGUGGAGGAUGGUUCUUCAUCUCAGCAUGAGCCUGAUGUGGAGGAUAAAUCUCCUUCAUCUCACCAUGGUGCUAAAGAAGACCCCCCAGGCCAGGAGAUGAAUCUGAUGAGCAUAAAUUUGGAAGACAAGCAAGCAGAGGACGUGAUGUUUGGGAGAAAUACUCAUUUUCCUCCAGAUUUCCAGUUGCAUUGGAGCCAGAGCACUUACAACUCUUCAACUUCCCACAAGUUUCCCUGGAACAAUAACUCUGGAGAAAACGACGACUUCCAGGAAGACUGUGAGAUUUUCAUGUUUGUAAAGGCUGGUAUAGACGGAGAAAGCAUUGGGAACUGCCCGUUCUCCCAGCGUCUCUUCAUGAUCUUGUGGCUGAAAGGAGUUGUGUUCAAUGUCACCACUGUUGACCUGAAAAGAAAGCCAGCUGACCUACACAACCUGGCUCCUGGGACCCACCCACCUUUCUUGACUUUUAAUGGAGAAGUCAAGACAGAUGUUAACAAGAUUGAGGAAUUCUUGGAAGAGACUCUUGCACCUCCAAAGUACCCCAAGCUGGCUGCCAAGCACCGGGAGUCAAACACUGCUGGGAUCGAUAUCUUUUCCAAAUUUUCUGCAUACAUCAAAAACACCAAACAACAGGAUAAUGCUGCCCUUGAAAGAGGCUUGGUGAAGGCUCUGAAGAAGCUGGAUGACUACUUGAGAACCCCUCUGCCUGAGGAGAUUGAUGCAAACAGCACUGAAGAGGAGAAAGUGUCUAGACGCAAGUUUCUGGAUGGAGAUGACCUGACACUUGCUGACUGCAACCUUCUGCCCAAACUCCAUGUUGUCAAGAUUGUGACAAAGAAAUACCGCAACUUCGAGUUCCCAGCAGAGAUGGCAGGGCUGUGGCGGUACCUGAAGAACGCCUAUGCCAGGGAUGAAUUCACCAACACUUGUGCAGCAGACAAGGAAAUUGAGCAAGCCUAUGCAGAUGUGGCCAAGCGGCUCAGCAAGUCCUAACUGACCUCAGCAGUGGCUCAGUAUCCCCUUUUACAGACUCUCUUCCUUGUUGCCUUAAGAUAUACUUUAUCAUUAUGCGUAUCUGGUUGGCAUCCCUAUGACUUUGCCUGCACAAGUCUAUUGGACAGGGACAAAUCUGCUUCUCCCUGAACAAAAUUGAAGGCAGCUCUGGUGUGGGGGUGGUGGAGACCCUUUGAAAUCCGAACCUAA